AUGACUCACCAUGAUAUACAACAUGAGUUAAUAAAAUGUUGUGCACAGGAGACUACAAAAUUAGUCAUUGAAGAACUUGAUGGUGGCCACUUUGCAAUACUUGCAGAUGAGUCUAGUGAUGUGUAUCAGAAUGAACAGUUGGAAAUUUGCUUGCGUUAUGUUGAUAAGAAAGGAAGGGCUGUUGUAAGAUUUCUUGGUCUUGCUCAUGUUCAAGAUACUACCUCUUUGACACUUAAAGCUGCAAUUGAGCAAAUUCUUAUGAAGUACAAUUUGACCUUUGCAAUGGUUCGUGGGCAAGGAUAUGAUGGAGCUAGCAACAUGAAAGGUAAUGCUAAUGGCCUAAAAAAACUAAUUAUGGAUGAGUCUCCUUCUGCCUACUAUGUUCAUUGUUUUGCCCAUCAACUACAGUUAACUCUUGUUGCUGUUGCUAAAGAGAGUGGUGAUUGUACUUGGUUCUUUCAACAACUUGCACACUUGUUAAAUGCUCUUGGCAUGUCUUGUAAAAAGAUGAGAAUGCUUCGUAUAGCUCAGGCUGAGGAACUCAUUGAUGCAUUGGAAUUGGAAGAAGUAGAAACGGGGAGUGGGCUGAAUCAGGAAAUGGGUUUGGGAAGGCCAUGUGAUACAUGUUGGGGCUCUCACUUCAAAACCGUGAACCAUGUCAUCUGUAUGUAUGGUGCAAUACGACGAGUCCUCAUCAAGAUUGGAAAAGAGUACCAUGGUGCGGAGGCGCAAGCGGCUCUAACCAUAUUGACACCAUUUCGAUCAUUUGAGUUUGUUUUCAUGGCACACUUGAUGCAAGAAAUAUUUGGAUACACAGAUGAGUUGAGUAGAGCUUUGCAAAAGCAAGACCAAGAUAUUGUUCAUGCUAUUGAGCUUGUUGAUAUCACAAAGUAUCACUUGGAGGGUUUGAGGACUGAUCCUGGAUGGGAUGAUUUUCUCAAAAAGGUCACAUCUCUUUUUGUACAAAGCAUAAGAUCAAAAUUGUUGAUAUGGAGGGUCCUUACUUUCCCGCUGGCCGGCCUAGAAGGGGUUUCUUUAAUGGUGCAAUGA